CCUCGACUUCCAUCAUCUUUUCAAGUCCACUGGUCUCUUUCACAGCAAGCGAGAGAAACGGCAGCUAACCGGGCCGACCCGACAUCUGAAAGUCUUUGAGAACAUACGCGAGGUGACCUCACGACUCAAAUGUCUUUGCGACCGCGCUUCCGCGCUCCUUCGACUGGACAAUGCUUCAUCAACCAGGUCCCUGACGAACUCCUCGAAAUAAUGUUCGUUCUUUCUCUGCCGGACGCUCUCGUAGACCCAAAACCCGGAACGGGCGCCCAAUACGUCGCGUACAUGCGUCGUAGUGGUGCUCUGGACUACCCUGCACUUAUCGCUCAAGUCUGUCCACGUUGGAAAGACUGCGCGCGCUCGAGUCAAGCGCUACAUGCAUAUCUGUUUGUCGACGCCGGCAUGCACGAGUUCAUGAAAGGAAAAAACGAAAUAUGGAGGGACAGAUAUUUUACGAACAUUGUCGCCCGCUCGGGCUCACGCCCACUGACCCUCUCUAUCGACGUCGGAAGGGGAUCGGCGGUGGCCUUGAUCAUGUAUCCGCCCUUCAAGGACAGCCUACCGCGGCUUCGACGCCUAUGCCUGAACUUCAAUCACCGCCAAGCGUACGACUACCCGUUGCCACUACUGUCACCUCAUGCGCUCUCGACACCGAUGCUUGACACGGUACACAUUCACUGUGGUGCGGACCGACAGUCGACCACUUCAUCAAACGCUGUAAGCUACUUCCUCAGGCUCCUUGCCAGGUGGCGAAGGCCAGAGAGGGGUCCCAUACCAGCUUUCCAUGAUGCUCCACGACUUGUGUCUUUCUCCUUCGAGGGGCUGCGCAGUGCGAUCUUCAAUUCGCCCCUGCUCUUCGGGCUCGCGCACUUUCCGUUUUCGAAGAUGACAUGCUUUUGCCUGCCCGAGGCGCCGUGUUACUCGGUCGAUGUAUUCAACUUCAUGAUGCACAUGCCUUGCCUCCGCACCUUCCGCUGCACCCUCUACGAGGUCGAGGAUCAGGGGGAUCGAGCCAUCCACGAGGCGCAGACCCCGUGGAGCUCGCUCACGACCGACUUCCCUCAGCUCAAUGACCUGGACAUCAUGCUGGCGACGCAACCGGGAAUGGAGGGCAAUCAGCCCCCCGGUGUGCCCGGCCUGGAGUGCUUCCUCGGCGCUCUCACUGCCCCCGCUUUGACGUCGCUCACCAUCAGUCGGCGCGUGCAGCUCGGUCAGAGACCAUAUGAUUGGGGACAUGACGAGGAGGGACUCUUGGUUCCGGCGCUGCAGGGCUUCAUCGAGCGCUCGCGGUGCACCAUCACGAAGUUCGAGCUCGCUACCUUCGGCGCGACGCUCCCGGAGUUGGUCAGCGCGCUGCAGCUCAUGCCCGCGCUCCGCACCCUCCGCCUCGACUCGACGAUGGUCUGUAUGGAGGUUAGCUUGCUGCACGCACUCGCGCGACCCACGGACGAAGGGCUGCCGGCGCUCGUACCGCGCCUCCGCUGCCUGGUCAUCGACAACGCGAGGGUCAAUUCAUCGUUCAAGAACAGCGACGUUUUGGAUAUGGUCGAGGCGCGGUGGCCCGUGGGGUGGUCUGAGGGGGGGAUUGCUCAUGUGGAGGUAGCGCACUUCAAAGAGGGUGAAGGCAGUCUGGAGGCGGAGACCCGGUAUCAGGAGCGCUUGGAGGCGAUGGCGCACAGACGGGAGGACAUCGAGCUGGAUAUCCGGGAGUGCGUCGAUGAAGCGGAAGCUUCCGACGAAGAGCAUGGAGACCCUCGUUAUCUCUAGGUCCUUUUUUGGAGGCCAACGGGGAUGAUACUAGUCAGGGUAGACAUGAAGGUUGGACAAUAUACGUGCAUCUGAUUGAAAUUGGGACGAAUUGGCUG